AUGCCCCUAACGAGAGCACCUGGGGCGCUGUUGAAGCUGAGCGGGCCCCUGGGGGAGCCAGCCGCCCCUGACAGGGCCCUUGGGGGGCGCCGCCACUACAGACAGGGCCCAUGGGGACGCCCCUCCUCCGGUAGGGCUCUUGGGGGCGCCACCGUCUCUGGAUGGGCCCCUGGGGUGCCAUCACCCCUGACAGAACCCCUGGGGGCACCACCAUCUCUGGCAGGGCCUCUAGAGGUGCCAUCGCCCCUGGAAGGGCCCCUUGGUGUACCACAGUCCCUGGACGGGCCCCUGGGGGCGCCAACACCUCUGGGAGGGCCCAUAGGGCUCAUGCUGCCAGUAAGAAGAGCUCCUGGGGGCGCCGUUGCACCUCUGAGUGCCCUUUGGCGCGCCACCGUCCCUGGCAGGGGCCCUGGGAUCGCCACUGCCCCUGGCAGCGGCCCUGGGGGCGCCAACGCCCCUGCGAGGGUUCCUGGGGUAGCCACCGCCCCUAAGAGGGCCCCUUGA